AUGGGGAAGUCUCGUGUGGCACCAUUAAAGCAGAUCACCAUUCCACGUAUGGAGUUGGCUGCAGCCGUUGUGGCUGUAAACAUUGACAAGAUGUUAAAAGAGGAACUGGAAGUGAAACUGCUCGAGUCCACAUUUUGGACUGACAGUACAACAGUUUUGAGAUACAUUGAAAAUGAAAAACUUCGGUUUAAAACAUUUGUUGCCAAUAGGAUUGCCAUUAUAAGAGAGUCAACCAAACCACAACAAUGGAGGUAUGUCAACACCUCAAAAAACCCAGCGGAUUGUGCAUCCAGGGGACUCACCUGUGAAAGGUUCAUGAAAAACAUAAGUUGGAUUCAUGGUCCCUCCUUUCUCAAAGAACCAGAGAACAUGUGGCCUGAAAAAAUUCUUGUCAAGUCCAUACAGGCAGACGAUGAAGAAGUCAAACAAUCAGCUUCAGUGAAUCUUGUGUGCACAUCAGAAGGCAUGGACACUGUGAUCAGGUUAAUUAACCAUUACUCUGACUGGUACAGAUUGAAAAGAGCCGUGGCAUGGAUCCUGUGUCUCAAAGACAUGCUUAUACAGAAGUGUAAAACGAAGAACACAACGACCAUUCAAGCAGCUCUAACUAUGCAAGACUUAACAAGGGCUGAAAAUGAGAUCAUCAAGGUCACUCAAGGUCAAAUAUUCAAAGAUGAAAUCUCCAUGUUGCAAAAAGAAGAGGUCAAGUGUCAAUCAUGA